AGAUUAUCUUGUUAGAAAUCCUAAUCGGAAAUUUCAGUUAAUCCUUUCAGUCUUGUUGCCUACUAAUGAAGACUUAGUAAGAAUACCCCCGUUUUCUACCAUUUGGAAUCAGCAAUAUGAUCCAAAUAAUCUUACUGUUAGUAAUUUUGUUAAUGAUUUGGUUAAAAUUGUUACUGACAAUUCGAGUUUUUUCGAUGGAAUUGACAUUGAUUACCCUAAUAAGCUUCCAUGCUAUCAAACGCAGCCAAACCAACAAUUCAACAAAGAGGAUCUCAAUUUUGUUUUCAUAUCUUUUCUGACUGAUCUAUCAAGCAAACUAAAACAAUCUAAUAGCA